AUGUUGAAUAAUUCUUUAACUCACGUCUCCACACAAACACCACCGCUUAGCUUCCCUGCUGUUCCGCGGCGGCAUGCAGAGCAGCUGCCGCCUCUCGUCAGGAGCCGCCAGCGGCAGCCGCUGCCGCCGAUGAAGAGCUCUGCAAGCCUUGCGGUCAAUAACAAAUUGACUGGAGGUGGGAAAGGGAUGAGUUGGUUUUUUGAACUGGAACAAGAAGUUCGAGAAUAUGAAUUGGAUCAGAUUGGAGUUGUGAAUCAUGCUACAUUAAACAAUUUUUGUGAAUAUGGUACAUACAAACUCCUCGAUAAGAUCGGUUUUGAUGCACAUAUAAAGUUAGCAAUAUCUGAAGUGACAAUCAAAUACCCCUCACCUUUGAAGAGGAAAGACAAAUAUGUGCUAAAAUUGAGGUUAUAUGACUAUUCUACUACUCGAUUCUAUUUUGAGGACCAAAUCCUUAGGCUACCAGAUUAUAAGGAUUAA